UAGCCUCUUGUGACAUCUCUGCCUCUCGCAACAACAACAUCCUCUUCAAUUUUCUCUCGGUGGCCUUCCUCCCUUCUAGCAAGCUUUCUCACCACCAUUAACGCAAGAAUUGCCCCGAACUCGUCCAUUAUGUACAGGGCUCGUCACCCUGAUGCUCGUGGGGCACGAGGGGUUGGUGGUCACCCUAUGCAGUAUGUUAGACGUCCUGUCAGAGAACAAGUUCGAGAGUCUAUCCCAGCAGUUGUGAUUGGGGUCGUCCUCAUUUUGGUGGGCAGUGGUGUUCUCUUCUGGAAUGAGGGGCGUGCGGUACAAACAUCUCGUAGUUUGGAUGAGGGAUAUAAUGCUGUCAUAAAAGUGCAGAAUUCGACCAAACUAUAUGAAGAAAAUAAUCACAAGCUUGUUUAUGUGUGGGGUCCUCUGUCAGUCUCGCCCCCACUUGCAGAUGACUACUACGGCGUUGAGAUUAGUGCCGUCAGGUUGAAGAGAAGAGUGCAGAUGUAUCAGUGGAUUGAGGAAGAAUCGUCUAUUCGAUCAGAGGAUUCGCCCGAUAUGCCUGCUGAUACUUCAUAUUCGUACUCCUUUGCCUGGCGGGAUAAAGUUGUCGAUAGCUCAUCAUUCAACAUUCCAUGGGGUCACGAGAAUCCAACGUCAAUCCCAGUACCAGCAGUAGUGCAAGUUGCAGAGACAGCCAAAGUUGGUAUUUAUCACCUGAGUCCUGCAGGCAAGGACAAGUUUACAGAGUUCAUACCUUUCUCGGGCGAUGAACAACCUGAAGGAGAUGAUAUCAAACUGCAUGGAGGAAUGUACUAUAUCACCCGAGACAUAUUCAACCCUGACAUUGGAGAUUUAAGGGUCCAGUUUUACUAUGCUUGUCGGGCUGGUGAGAUGGUGAGCGUUGUGGGCCAGCAGAUAGGAGAGACCCUCCAUCCUUACCUCACAAGCAACGGGAAUGAGCUACUGAUUGUUCGCACUGGGAAACACACUGUGGAGGAGAUGUUCUCCUCAGAGCAUGCCCAGAACCGCUUCCUGACUUGGAAUUUGCGGUUGGCUGGAUGGUUCUUGAUGUUCAUCGGACUUACUUGUGUCUCAAAUAUUGUCCAUUCUCUCAUAAUAUGCUCACCUCUUCUGAGAGACGUGGUAGCACUGGGUCUGGGAUCUGCCAACCUGACUCUUAGUAUGUCUACCUCACUUGUGAUCAUCGGAGGGGCUUGGUGCAUCUACCGCCCAGGUUUGGCUUUACUUAUCCUUGUGGUGGCUGCGCUCCCUUUCAUCAGGGCUGCUGUCAAACAUCAGUCAACCGUUGGGCAUUCAAGGAGGCCCAAUGGAUACAGGCGGAGCUCAGCAGACUGAAAUGUUGUAAGUUCCAAAGUGGUUUGGGAUGUGUGAUGCUCUUUUGUCUGUUGCUGUCAUAAUUUAGGUUGUACUAAAGGUGCCAAAGAUUUUAACUCUAUGAGUAAAACUGUUUAUACCCUCACUUAGUAAAUGAUUUUCAAGAUGAUGUUGGUUAUGACUGUUUUUUACUUGGAUCAUCAAUGUGAUGUGAAAGAAUUUUUGAAGCUGAUAGGUAUAAAAGAGCUCAGUAGGGUCUAGCAUUUAACUUGUUCUGUAGUUUUACACAUUUAAGAUAAUAAGAAGGAAGUGGUUGGAAUCACAUAAACUUAAUGGUGUCCGCAGUUAUAUAUGUGUUUCAAGGUAGCCUUUUUCUAAGGUGUUGUAAAUUAUUAGAUUAGAAAUCUUUCAUUUGGUUGCAGUUUGUGGGAAUUUAUAUCCCCUCAAAUAGAUAUAGGAUGUGUUUGUGUAAUGAACAGUUUUUAUGCUCAAGUUUUACAUUUUCUUGGAUGUAUUUUUGUCUUCUCGUUUGUAUUUACAUUUUAGGCAUAUAGGUAUAUAUAUGAAUAAAUAACCUCUCCGAUAGGGACUCGAACCCUCUCUGCUGCAGGCAGGUAACUGCAAGACGAAUGCUCUACCACUGAGCUACGCAUAUAUUAGAUUUGUUAAGGCUAAGGAACCAAGUGUAGCUGCAAUAUAAAUGUUUCUUUUAGUUGGUAAUUGUUCCUUGUAUGUGUAUAUUGUAUAGUAUUAUUUAAAUCAUGAUCUUCACUCAUGAUUCAGAAGCAAUGUUUGUAAUUAGUCAAUAAUGUGGACCAAGUUUGUCAGUAGCAUUUACAUGAAUAUUUGUAUAGAUAUCUUAGAUUAGAUUAAUCUAAUUUAGAUUAGUUAUCUUGCAUUAUUUAUCUUGUUAGUAUUUCCCAACUUUGGUCUAGAAAUUAGUUGUUAGUUAACCCGUUAGGUGGGCAUAUAUACAUAUCCUGUGUGCUUAUUUAUUAAUUUUGUUUACAUAUAGAUGGCUGCACAAUUUAAUUACUACUUGGAAUGUGGACCUCAUUUCUUGAGAUUUUAAAGGAAAAUUUUAGUUUUUUUGUAAUGGGUAUAUAUAAGAAGGUUCUAAAAAUGAUUAUGUUAAUAAUGAUAAUAGUGUCAGAAAUAGGACUUUUCCAAAAAAAGAAAAGUGAUUAAAUAAAUACAGGAAUGAGGUGAAUAGAUAAGAUCAGGUAGGCCCAUUGAUUGACUUUAUUGUAAGUGAUUGUAAAGCCAUAUUUGUGUAAUCAAAAUUGACAAAAUAAACUGCAGUGGGGAAUAGGUUAAGUAGGCUUGUUUAUACUGUCGUUUAACUCUAGUCAAAUUUAGUAUUAUCCCCUUUAAAUAGUACAGUACCAGUUGUUAUUUAAAAGUUCUCUGAAGAUGUUUUAUAUUCAUGUAAUUACACAUUAUAUAUAAUGUAAUUUGUAAAAUCAUUAGGGUAAUCAUUUAUUUCUAAUUGUAAUAUUUUCACAGAGAGAAAAAUUAAGGAAUAAAUAUUCACAAGGUUACUGGAUGAUACACACUCAUUCCUUGGUACCUGUAAAGGUGCUGUCACACUAGCACUUUUUUUGUCAAUUUUUUGACAAUUUUAUUUAACAUAAAUACAAACAUUCUCGAAUAUAGCUCUUGAUUUGACUAUGCUUGGCUGAAAAAGUUGACGGAAAAGUUUAUAGACGGAAACAAUCAUUAUCGUCUGACUGGGAAAUCGACAAUUCGCUCAAAAGUGGACAAAAUUUCAGAAAAUUGUUUAAAAAUUGACGGAAAAAGUGCUAGUGUGAUAGCACCUUAAGGGAUACAGUUUGAAGAUUCUUUCCAUUUGCAGUGCUGGCUGCCAGGUGGGCUUUUUACACUUAUUGUACUUUUUUAUUAAGAAUUGUGUUUAUAGCAACUCAACUCAUUUCCAUUCUGUCUCUCUUUUUGAAGAGUGAUAAUACAGUGUAUAUUUUAAGAAACAGAUAUUCUCUCUAGUUAUAUUCUUGAUGUUUGCGAUUAACAUAUGGUUGUGAAGCUUAUUUAUAUAGAAUAAAGAGUAUUUUGCUUUUAGAUUUUCUCAAAUAUAUUUCUGGUAAAACUUUAAAGGAGUAACCACUGAACCUCCAAACUUUUAUGAUGUGCAGAUAUUAUCUAUUCUGAAUGAUAUGUUAGAUUUUGUAAAACAUGGAGGAUUGAGACCUGUAAAUACUUAGUCUAUGUAUUGCUGUUUAUAUGAAUGUAAUUUUCAAUAGAUUAUGUGUCAAAAAAAGGAAAUAAGAAGGUUAAUAGAUAUGUAAAGAUGCUAGUCAGAUCAACAGGUGCUUAUUUUAUAUGAUAGUAAAGGAAAUUGAAAUUGGUAUCUCCGAUUAAAGAAGAUUAAAUGAUA